AGCGGGAGGCGCGAACAAUGCUGCCCUCCCCCCUUAAAAAGAAGGGCGCGAGGCUCAACGGCUUCGGGGGGGAGGAGGGUCGACGCCGCGAGGAGGCGGAGGCGCGUGGCCGCCUGAAGAAGAAGGAAAGGCCGGCCGAGGAGGCUGCUGAGAGGGUGAAGCGGGCGAAGCGGGCGCUUGGCCUCCUCCCGCCGCCCGAGGAUGCCUAGGGGCUUCCUGGUGAAGAGGAGCCGCAGACCGACGCCCAUCUCGUACCGGGCGCGCUGCUGCUACGCCGCCGAGGAAGGGGCCGAGGCGCGGGGAGGGGGAGCGGCCCUGCCUCUGCCGCUGCCUCUGCCGCCGCCGCCCUCGCCGCCUUUCCCCGGCUUCGGCACCCCGCCCUCGGCGCCUCUCUGCAGCCCCGCGCGGGCCGUCAGCGAGGAGCGCCGCCUCCCCGUGGGCUCCCCGCUCUCCGCGGAGUCCUUCCCGGCGCCGCUCCUGGCCCACGGCGCGGAGAUCCAGCUCUGGGCCGCCCUCUCGCCCCCUCCGCAGCCUCCGCAGCCUCCUCCGCAGCCUCCCGCUCCGGCCAAGCGCCCGCAGGCCCGGAAAGCCAAGACGGCGCGGAAGCUGCACUUCGAGGACGAGGUGACCACGUCGCCGGUGCUGGGGCUGCGCAUCAAGGAGGGCACCCCGGAGCACUCGCUCUCCUCCUCCUCGUCCUCGUCGUCCUCGGGGCCUCGUUCCCAACCGCUGGGGGAGUUCAUCUGCCAGCUGUGCAAGGAGCGCUACCUGGACCCGCUCUCCCUGGCGCAGCACAAGUGCUCGCGCAUCGUCCGCGUCGAGUACCGCUGCCCCGAGUGCGACAAGCUCUUCAGCUGCCCGGCCAACCUCGCCUCGCACCGCCGGUGGCACAAGCCCAGGCCGCCGCCAGCCCCAGCCGUGAAGGCCAAGGCGCCCGCCUCCGCCGCCAACGCCGCCCGAGAGGAGCCCCCCAAAGGCGGCAUGAGCGAGGGAGACCACCCGGCCUCGGAGGAGGAAGGCGAGGAGAAGCGCUUCCGACGGCAGAAACACCCCGAGGAGGAGGAGGAGCCCGUGGCGGCAGAGGAGGAUCUCCCCGCGGAUGCCGAAGAGGCCCCUCCGCAGCACCAACCGCCGCAGCAGUUCCCUUGUCCCGCCUGCGGAGAGGCCUUCCCGACCAAAGGUGGGCAGGAGCGGCACUUGCGCCUCCUCCACGCCGCCCAGGCCUUCCCCUGCAAGUACUGCCCGGCCACCUUCUACAGCUCCCCGGGCCUCACGAGGCACAUCAACAAGUGCCACCCCUCCGAGAACAGGCAGGUCAUCCUCCUGCAGGUGCCUCUCCGCCCGGCCUGCUAGGAAGAGAGGAAGCCAGGGAGCAAAAAGGGCCCUCCCCGAGAAGGAAGGAAGGAAGGAAGGGAGCAAGUAAGCCAAAGGGCCCCUCUCUCCCUCCGCCUCGGCUCAAAGAUCCCCCUCUCUCGCAAUCACAUUUGGAUGCCUUUACUCACUCUCCCUUCUUCACAGGCUGAGAACUGAACCCUGCCCCCCUUUUGAUUAGCUUUAUUAUGGCUUGUGAAGCGCUGGAAUCUGGCUUUACCUUCUUCUCCUCCUCCUCUCCCUUUCCCCCUAUUUUCUUUUUGUAUGUGAGCGGAAUCGAAAUCGAUAUAACUUCGGUUAGUCUAGCCACAAAUGCCUUGACUUGAUUGUUGUUGGUUCUCCAGAUGUAAAACAAACAAAAAAGAGAUGUUGUAGAACAGGCGUAGGCUGACUUGGGGCCCCCAGGUGUUUUGGACUUUAACUCCCACCAUUCCUAACAGCCUCAGGCCCUUUCCUUUCCACGUUUUCCCCUGGCCUACCCUGUUCAUCCUUGUUGCCCAUUACAACGUGGAUGCCCUCGCCAGUAGGGAUACGGCUGGCCCUCCCUCGGCACAGAGAUCUUCUCUUCAUAGAAUCAUAGAUUAAGCAACAUGGUGGGCUGGAUUUGGCCCACUGGCCUUGAAUCAUAGAUAGAAUCACAGAAUCAUAGAAUUGGAAGAGGCCUCACGGGCCACCCAGUCCAACCCCCUGCCAAGAAGCAGGAAAAUCACGUUCAAAGCAACCCUGACAGAUGGCCAUCCAGCCUCUUCGGUGACAUGAUCCCUGCCAUCCAGGGUGAAUAGCUUGCUAGUCUACCAUAUGUGCGUAUUUCACAGGGACCAUGAUGGAGAAGGAGCCCCCCCCCACCCGACCAAAAGGUUGGCGGUAGCGGGGUGAGCUCCCGCUGUUAACUGCGAACUUAGCAGUUCGAAAACAUGGAAAUGUGAGUAGAUCAAUAGGUACCACUUUGCUGGGAAGGCAACAGCACUCCAUGCAGUCAUGUCAGCCACAUGACCUCAGAGGAGUCUAUGGACAACGCUGGCACUUUGACUUAGAAAUGGAUAUGAGCACCAACCCUCAGAGUUGGACACGACUAGACUUAAUGUCAGAGGGAAACCUUUACCUUUACCAUGAUGGAGAAGUAAAGGUUGCUUACCUGUAACUGUUUUUUCUCCAAAAACACAAGGGGCCUGAGGCUGUUAGGAAUUGUGAGUUGAAAUCCAAAGCACCUAAAGGGCCCAAGUCGGCCUGUACCUGUUGUAGAAGCUGCCUUAAUAAUAAUGAUGACAUGCCAAUCUUGUUAUUUUUGUUUUGUUUUUGGUGUUCCUUUUUUGAAGUAGGCGCUCUGUGUAUAUGUUGAUUUAUGCGUAAUUGUUAUUUAUUGGUUUAUUUAUUAUUAAUUAAUUGAUUCAUGGGUGUCUAUAUCUCUAUAUCUCCUUUUUGACGUGCUUGGCCUUUCUCUCCGCACCUCCUCCAAUGCCUUUCUCCUGCCAUUUCACUGUGCUUUUUUAAAAAAGGCUGCAAUGCUAUACUUUACUCCACUUGUUGGGACUCUUAUCUGCCAUUGCAGCCGGCCUUUUUUGUUUGAAAACAAAAAGAGAUCUGUCGAAAAGGGUUUAACUUUUAUACCUAGAAUAAAACCUACAACAUACAGACCCUUUUCUCUUCUUGCUUCGAGGCUCUCAAACAGCUCGGCUUUACUUUUAGAUGCAAUCUCUUUUCUACACACAUUAUUUUCUUAACUGUUAGCUAUUUAUAGAAUGCUUCAAUAGAACUGUUUUAACUGUAUAACUAUUUACUAUUCAAAUAAACAUAUUUUCAAAUUCAA